CUCUUCAAAACUUGAACAUACAGUAGUACAGAUAUUCCAUCUUCUUUACCUUUUCUCUCUUGUUGGGUGUUUCCAAGAUCUGAUUUUUACUCAAUUUCUCUCUCUAAAAAUUGUAUCUUUAGCAUAGUUAUCAACAGUUUUCAAUCUUGACAUUGUUGUAUGUGCAUUUCUAGAUCAUUGACAACUGUUGUUUGUUUGUAGAGCUUUUUCUAUUAAGUGGAGUACUUUUAUUUACAGCUAUAUCACAAAUUUGUUGUCAUAUAGUGCCACACACAAACUCCUUUUUUCUACUCAAUAUUGGAUCUUGAAAGCUGUACAAGGUUUUCCCAUUCUUUUCCCCUUUCUGUCUGUUCCUGAGAUUUGGGGUUUUGACUGCAAAAUUGUUGGUGGGUGUUGUUUGAAUCUGAUCAUUUGUGUUGUGGUUACUUUUGGGUGCUAGGUAUAGUUUUUGAUCUGCAAGUUGGAAUUCAACUUGGUUGAGUUACUUUUUUGGAUAAGAUUCUUGACCUUUUUGCUUAUUGCUAGCUGUUGUUUGUGGUUUUGAUGCUUGCCACCUGAAGUAUGCAGCCUGAUCAGCGAAAAAAAGAACCUAGUUAAGCAGUGACUGGAUCUUCUUUGCAGGCUCUGAUGUGUGGGGUCUGGAGAUGUAGAUUUCUUUACUGAAUACGGUGAAGGGAGUCGAUACAAGAUAGAGGAAGUUAUUGGCAAAGGUAGCUAUGGUGUAGUAUGCUCUGCGUAUGAUACCCAUCUAGGGGAAAAAGUUGCAAUCAAGAAGAUAAAUGACAUCUUUGAACAUGUCUCUGAUGCCACACGUAUUCUUCGUGAGAUCAAGCUUCUUAGGCUUCUUCGGCAUCCAGAUAUAGUGGAAAUCAAGCAUAUAUUGUUACCUCCUUCUCGGAGGGAAUUCAAGGAUAUCUAUGUUGUCUUUGAACUCAUGGAAUCUGAUUUGCACCAAGUCAUUAAAGCAAAUGAUGAUCUGACGCCGGAACAUUAUCAAUUUUUCCUUUAUCAGCUUCUUCGAGGGCUGAAAUAUAUACACACAGCCAAUGUCUUUCACCGUGACCUGAAACCCAAAAAUAUAUUAGCAAAUGCUGACUGCAAGCUUAAGAUCUGUGACUUUGGUCUUGCAAGAGUGGCCUUCAAUGAUACUCCAACAGCUAUAUUUUGGACUGAUUAUGUUGCUACGAGGUGGUAUAGGGCUCCUGAAUUGUGUGGAUCAUUUUUCUCUAAGUAUACACCAGCAAUUGAUAUAUGGAGCAUUGGAUGUAUAUUUGCAGAACUACUGACUGGGAAGCCUCUCUUUCCAGGUAAAAAUGUGGUUCACCAAUUAGACUUGAUGACCGAUCUGUUGGGCACACCCUCCCCAGAAUCCAUUGCCAGGAUAAGAAAUGAAAAGGCUCGGAGGUAUUUGAGCAGUAUGCGUAAGAAAAAGCCUGUACCUUUCUCCCAUAAAUUUCCACAUGCAGAUCCCCUUGCACUUCGUUUGCUAGAAAGGAUGCUUGCUUUUGAUCCCAAGGAUCGUCCUAAUGCAGAAGAGGCUCUUGCAGAUCCAUAUUUCAGGAAUCUAGCCAAAGUGGAAAGAGAACCCUCUGCUCAACCAGUUACAAAAAUGGAAUUUGAGUUUGAAAGGCGAAGGAUAACAAAGGAGGAUGUGAGGGAGCUGAUAUACAGAGAAAUUCUUGAAUACCACCCAAAAAUGUUGAAGGAGUUCUUAGAGGGGCAAGAACCUACAGGUUUCAUGUACCCAAGUGCCGUUGACAAAUUCAAGAAGCAGUUUGCAUAUCUUGAAGAGCAUUAUGGCAAAGGAGGCGCUGCUGCUCCACCUGAGAGGCAGCACUCAUCAUCUCUACCUAGAUACAGGGCUUGUGUAUUAUACUCAGACAAUUCAGUGCAAAAUCCACUUGAAGUUGCAAAUGAUCUUUCUAAGUGCUCCAUCAAAGAAGAUGAGAAACCACAAGCGGACCGGAGUUCAAUGAUCCCCAUGACAAGGCUGCCUCUCCAAGUUCCUCAGAAUGUUCAAGCAGGUGGUGCUGCAAGACCUGGGAGGGUGGUCAGCUCAGUGUUGCGCUACAACAACUGUGGAGCAGCAGCUACAGCAGCAGAAGUCAUUGAACAGCGAAGAAUUGCAAGGAACCCUGGCGGUCCAACUCAAUAUCCCAUUUCCAAUACUUCAUACCCUAGAAGACAUCCCAGCUGUAAAAAUGAAAGGGGUGAAGAUAGUACUGAAGUUUCAAAUGGGGUGCAGCCUAAACCUGAACAGUACAUAGCAAGAAAAGUAGCUGCAGCACCAGGUGGACCUGGUAAUCAAUGGUAUUAAUUUUGGAAUCUCUGAUCAGCCAUGUUACACAGCGAGAAAAGUAGCUGAAGGAUGGUUCUCAUAAAACACACCAUAUGCAAGCUAAUUUGACUGUCAACCGUAAUUUUCUCACACAAUGCCAAGUUCAGGAUUGCUUGGUUAUUGACACGGGCACAUGAACUUGAAGAAUCCCAGUGUGAUUUUGGUUGGUUUUGUUCAGACAUCUAUGUACAACUCGUUACUUAUAUUUGUCCUCUGAAGUUUAAAAGGUUCGGCAUGGAUUCUCCUCCAUGGGCAACUCUUGUUCUGUGAUCUGGAUAGAAAUGGAAGCAAGUGCGAUAAAGAUGGAUGUUGGUAGCUGAUUACAUGAAUUACUACUGAUAUCAGUUCACCCCUACAUGUUUGUUCUUUUCCCCUCUCCCUUCAUUCUUUGCAGAAUAACUGUAGAGGCUUUAUACUUUUGUUAAUGACUCAGACAUUGAUGAUCUUAACGUGUAACCUAUGACAUUCUUUAUUAAAUAAGGACCUCAAUGUUUCUGAUGUUCCUGCACUCUGUAAAGCAGAAGAGGGACAUGAAACUUUUGCUUGACGCCUAA